UCGAGACGGACCUUGGACCUUGACCUUUUUCUUCUUCGCGCCAACGCUCCCUCAGUCUGUUUCCGUCUCUCUCGGAUCUCUAUCCACUAGCCGGGCCACGAGUUGACCUUCCUUGUUUUCAUACUCUCGUGUCCGUCUGUCUAUUGACCAUCCCGUCUCCAACUUGCAGCGCGUACCGAUAAUAGGUAAACACAUUGCUUACCUAGUCUUGUGUGCCUAGCUUUGUUCGGUAUAAGUUACAUAUACUCAGAGGAACACCUACCCAUCUAAGGAUUUCCAACAACCCAAGGACGGUACAUACUUCUGGAACCACACCCCCUACCAUUGGGAUCUGUCACAUCGAUCCCUAGCGUUUCUAGUGUUUCUAGCCGGGGUGUAGCUUAGCUUCCCGUUGGCGCCUUCGUCUCAGCAUUGACUAGGUUGCUCUCCAGCAUCCUUGUCCUCCACGCAGCAACCUCAUCCUUGACCUGCCAGAGAGUUACAUAUUAUAGUCACCUAUCCCCCCUCAUCCAUCACCACCUACCUACUCUUCUUCCACCACGGGCGACUUCGUUGUGCAGCUUGUAGGCAUCCCGUCUUUCCACCCUUCCGAGUCAUUCGCUUGACUUGAGGCUAUUCCAAUAACCAACACAUACUCAACUUACCAUCAGGACUCGUCAUCAUGCCUACAUGCAAGCCAAAGCUCGCGCAGUUGACCACCCCAGUCACGGCCACCUUCCCCUCGGAGCUCUCUGCUCUCUCGGCCAGGACACCUCUAUCUGCAGUUCCGGACUUUAUUAAGGAGGAGUUCCCUAACAGCGCUAGAACCCCUAUCAGCCCACCUACAGCCUAUAUGGAUUUCCUCAAGGCCAUGUCGGUAUCCUCGCCAGUUGUGCCGGAGAAGAGAUCAUCGGGAACUAGUACGCCAGAAGAUGACUCAGCGCAGGAAUCAGCACCAUCGACGGCAAGCAGCGAACAGACGGACUGUUCCUGUAAAUGUGGCAACCAUAAAUCACCAGCCGGCAUUCCACCAAGCCCUUUCUCAAACCAACCGAUGUCUGCGCCGCCAACAGGUGCGACAUCGUUCCCUAGUAUUCACAUGCCGCCGUCUCCUGCCGUAUCUACGAUAGAUUCGCCACUAAGCGCAACGGCGCGGUCUCCAUUUAGCGCGAGAUCAGUGCGAUCACCGUUUGACUGGGAAGCAGCGUUGAAGUCUAGGUAUGCGCAGGAUUGCAGGGCGCAGAAAUCAUCAGCAAAGAGCGUGCGGCACAUUCGAGAGGUUGUUACGAGGACCGUUACCUAUACGCCGAGAAUGGACCCGGCACCGAAAGGCAAGAGAAGGAAGACGACGCAUUUGGACUGCCCGAAAGCUCAAGCUGCUGCUGCAACGGCGGCCGCGGCCCGGACGAACACGGUUUAGAUCGUCGAUUUUGACGGCCCCCCUUAUUAACCACACCUACUCAAAUCCGAACGAACUAAAGUCUUAACACCCUCCCCUAAAUCUAUAUCGGCUUCUAUGCCAAGAAUUGUCAACUAUUUUCCAUUUGUUCAUAUCUACUACUUACAUCUCACUCACUCAUUUAC